AAACAAAUCGCAGACGUGCGGCGGGGCAUCGACGUGUUCGAACAGGCCCCCCGGGCCCUCGAUGGCGUGCUCCAGCAGCACGUGUCCGGCAUUGUCUCGCUGUACUUUGCCGCCAAAGCGCACGCCAGAACCACAGACCGGUGGGAGACCAUCGCGGACGCGUUGGCGGACCUCGUCUACGUGUUGGCCAAGGUGCGGGGGUACAAGUCCGUGGCCAACGCGCUUCCCAGCGACGUGUACUUGUUGCCGCGGCUCGUCGAGAUGGUGGAGGACCCAGGCACCGCCGGGAGGCCCGGCGAAUGCUACUUCUUGCUCUUGUGGCUCUCGCGGCUUGUCCUCGUGCCGUUCCCGCUCGCCAGCGUGCAGACAGGGCUCGAGGCGCAUCUCUUCCAGCUUGCCUCGGCCUUCCUUGCGCUCCACCGAACGGCCCUGAAAACACAGCUGGCGGCGCUGGUGUUGCUUGCGCUGCUAGUGACGCGCCCCGACUGCGGCUUGCUUCUCGAUGAGUACACGGCCACCGUGGUGGUGGACUGGCCCGUGCUCCUGGAAAACGCCAAGUUGGGCCACUUGAUGACGCUCAACCAGAUGCUCAAGCGCGCAGCCAGCGGGCCCGUUGCGGGCCUCGCGCGGGCCGUGCACCGGGACGUGGUUAUGCACGAGGUGUCGCUGGCCAAGCACGGCCAGCGGGCCGCGCAGAUCAACACGAUGAACGCGUUGUACGUCCUCAAGGUGGCGACGAAAUGCGCCCGAGUGUUCGUGGCACGGGCCGAGUACGACGCCGUCGCUGCGCUCGUGAACGGCGCCACGGACCUCAUGCAGCUGAUGGGCGAGCUGUUCGACGCGGCGUUGCGCGAGUGCAUGGCCAAGAACUUGGCCAAAACCACGGCGCACUUGGCCAAGCGGGCCACCAACUACGCGGCGCAGGUCGUCUCGCACAUGCUCGGGCAGUUGCGGCUUGCGCCGUUGGCCGCGGGCGGGUAUGAUGCCGACAUGCGCAUCGAGCCCGCGGGGUUGUCGGUGCCCCGCUUCCACGCCGUGCUUCUCUACACGGGCUUCCUUGCAUUGACGAAGGCGCUCCCGGCGCAGUUCGUGCCGGCGGUCUUCUCGCUAGCGCACCAGACGUGCUUCGUGUCGCGGCGCCAUUACGCCUUUGUGCAGAGCGCCCAGCUCCGGGACGCGUCCUGCUUCUGCUUGUGGGCCGUGUUGCGGCUGCUUUCGGAGGAGCGGUUCCAGGCGCUUCAGGCGCAGUGCGCGGGCCUCGUGCCCACGGUGUUCUGCGACCUCAUCCGGGUCUCGCUCUUCGACGAGGACUUCACCAUGCGCAGAUGCGGCAUCGCGGUGCUCCAGGAGCUCGUGGGCCGCUUUGGCGGCGUCUUCUUGGGCCCCAUGCUCGGCACCGGCGACGCGCACCGGCUCGGCGAGUUCACCGUUCUGUUUAUCGAGCAGUUCGGCGCGGCCACCGUGGGCUCGAUGGCUGACUCGCAUGGGGUCAUGGCGCUGUUGCGCCACUUGGGCUUCCUGCGCGAGUGGUUCGUGGCCCCGCUCGUCGACGAGAUCUUGGCCGAGCUGUCCCCAUACGAGCUCCAGAAGUUGGGCCUGGUCCAUCUCGCCCAGACGCUUGCGGAAAAUUACUCCACGCCGAUCCAGCUUGAAGGGUGCCGUCGCGUGGACGAGGCCCACGUCGUCAACUGCUUGGUCGGCGCCUUGCAGCGUGGCAGCCACAGCGCCCUCUAUGCUCUAGCGGAGCUAGAGACGUGCGGGUUGCUUGCGCCCGAUACAGCCGAGUCCGUGGCCUUGCAUGUCGAGAACAUGACUCUAGCGCGCCACGGCCCGGUGGCGUGCGUGGGAGAAUCGAUCAUGCACUGGCUCAACUGCUGCAAGCAAGAACGUCGGGGCCGCCUCACCGCCAGGUUGGGCCCGGUGCUCGCGGCCAUCCACCGGCUCGAUGCCUCCGCCGGUCUCGUGCUGGAACUCGAGGCCUUCUACACGCUCAGCCCCGUCUUGUCUGCAGACCAGUUCGACCAUCUCUGCCACCAAAUACGCUCCGGCAACCAGCUAGUGGCGGCCUCCGUCAUGCGGGCGCGGCUCGACCACCAGCAAUUGCACCGUGUGGGCGCCUGUCUUGCCGAUAGGGCCGUGGACGCCGGGGUGCGGGCGACACUAGUCCGCACGCUCCAGCCCGACCACAUAGGGGCCGCUGCGUUUGCGCUUUUGCGCCCCACGGUGGUCCUGCUCCUCGACGAUUACACGAUUUCCGAGCAAGGCGACAUCGGGCUGAAGCCGCGGCUCGCGAGCGUCUUGUUUGUCGAGGCACACUGGCGUCUUUUCGAAGCGGAUACGCCCGUCUUGCAGGCAAAGCUCUUGCGGCUCGCCGGCGAGACCAUGGACCGGCUCCGAAUCGCGGCGUUCCGCGUGCUUGUCCGCAUCCACGGAGGCACGAGCCCCGCGGCCCACAUGGCCCCGGACGGCGGCGGGUACGACGCCUAUUUCGCAGCCUUGUUUGCGUUUUUCCAGGCGCAAUGUGCGGCGCUGGACGAUCUUGCCAACGCGUUCUGGAGCGGCAUUGUCCACUCGGCCGCGGCGGCCACAGGCGCCAACACCAUGAUCAACCUGGCGUUCCGUCACGUGCUUCUGCACUUGAGAGACCGUGCCCAGCGGGAGCGUGCGUUCUCGGUUCUAGUGGCCCUUAUGAAAGUGGCGCCUGGGACCAAGGUGCUGGCGCUCGAUCGCCGGGCGCAAAAGACACUCCAGGCCGUGAUGGGCCUUGUGGCCAAGCUCUUGGAUGCGGCGCUAGAGAUCCCCGACCUGGUCGCCGAGGCGCUCUUUGUGCGGGCAUACAACCUCCAUAUCAACACCACGGCAACGGCCCGGAUUGCACUGGCGAUUCGGAUCUUCCAGUAUUUCGGCAGCGCGCCGGCUGCUGCGGCUCUCAGAGCACGGAGCCGCAAACGGCUCUGCUGGCUCUGCUCUUCGCAUGCCAACGGGCAAGUGCGAGCUUUGGCGGCAGAUGCGCUCUUUGAGAUUGCCAACGACGUUGGUGCAAACUCCCCGGCCGUUGCGUUUCUUGACUCGGUCCCAUGG